GAGAGUGUAGAAGUCACGUGAGGCAGCGGUGUUCACACUGUAACAGAAACCUGGGUAUUCAAGAAGCCGUCCAGUUGUAGGCCUAUUCAGUCCGAUGUUUAGAGAUCAUACCGGUUCUAGGAAUCCGAUGGAAAGCUUUUACUCAUAGUUCAAGGGCUUGAUACACAGUCCAUCAACUGUUAUCAGUGAAUUUCCGUAAAGACAUAAAUCCGGUUUUUUUUGUUUUUUUCGCCUUGGGAUAGGAAUAAUUCUCCCUUAAUUGCCUUUUAUGUGGCUAGUCAUGGGACGUAACUUCAGAACAGGAAAAUGUGUUAAGUGACACGAAUAAGAUGCUUUCAGGGGCAAUGAUAUGGACGAGGGUUGUCCUGCUAGUGUGGUUGCUGCCUUUCGCCACUGGUCAUCCUCAAUGCCUGGACUUCAGAGCUCCGUUCAAGCCUAAGACAGCGCUCACAUUCUGCUCCCAGUACUCGGAGUUUGGAUGUUGCGGACCCCACAAUGACGAGGACCUGGCCAAAGAGUACGAUUACAUAAAGUCAAGAGCAACAGACUCCGACUGGGACAAAUGCAAUGGUUACGUCAAGCAACUUCUCUGCCAGAAAUGCUCGCCUUAUGCUGCCCAUAUCUACGAUGCUGAGGGUACAGCAAAGAAAGGCAAGGUGAGGAUCUACAAUAUCCGAACAAAAGAAUGGAAUAGUGAAACAUUCUUGGAUUUAACGGAUGAAGUGGAACUCAGCCGAUUUUCCGGAGACGAGAGGGGCUUUCUGGGCAUGGCUUUCCACCCCGAUUACGCCAACAACGGGCGCUUCUUCAUCUUCUACGCCACGGAUCGGGAGAGAGGCGAUACUCCCCCGCCGGACCUUCCCGGUACCUACAGCUUCAAGAUCCGAGUGAGUGAGAGGAGGGUGGACAGUGAUAACCCGGACAAGGCGGACAGCAGUUGGGAGAAGGUUGUCCUUGAUCUUCUGCAGCCUUAUGCAAACCACAAUGGUGGAGAGCUUUUCUUUGGCGUUGACGGGUACCUGUACGUGUUUAUUGGGGACGGCGGCGCUGCUGGUGAUCCACUGAAAGCUGGUCAGGACAAAUCUCUCCUCUAUGGCAAAGUCCUCCGUUUAGAUGUGGACUCGGAUACCUCCCAACCCUAUACGAUUCCUCCCGACAACCCGUUUGUAAGUGAGUCGGGAAGUCGAGAUGAGAUCUACGCGUAUGGCGUGCGCAACAUCUGGAGAUGUGGCCUGGACAGAGGCAGCAGUGACUCAGACAGCAACAGGGGGCGUGUCCUGUGUGGAGACGUCGGCCAAAACAACUAUGAAGAAAUUGAUCUACUCAAAAAGGGAGCGAAUUACGGCUGGAAUGCUCGAGAGGGCUUUGAGUGUUACGACGACGAUCUUUGUGGAAACAUAGCCGGUUGUUCUCGCUGAAGGAAGAGGGCGGGACGUGGACCAACAAGGAGGUGACUCUGUGCGGGUCUACCCUGUGUGACGGAGGGCUCCGCGGCUGUCUCAGGGACUACAUCCUUUCUUUCGGAGAGGACGAAGAUGGAGAAAUCUACAUACUCACAAGCGAAAGUUCGGGCAGUUCACGAUGUGAUGGGGCAGUCUAUAAGAUUGUGGACCCUCAUACGAGAAAUGAUCCGUCUGAGUGUAGCCAGGAUCCGACUCAGCGGGGACGAGUACCACUUCCGGCACGAAACAAAUUUACUCUUGGAUCUCUCAGAAAACCAACCAUAAGUAUCAAAGUCAGGAAGAGAAAACGACUCCGACAAAAACGGCGAAGAAAAUUGACAAGAAAAAAGAGAAGACAAAGACGAAAACGGCGUCGACGCCAAAGACUGCAGAAUGGCAAGAAAACACCAGGCAUUCGGAAAAAGAACAGAAAACGACGGAGACAAUCUCGGCGUAGAAAACUAAACAACCUGGGAAAAGGAGACGCCAUAGGAAAAUCCAAAAAGACAGGGAGAAGGAACCAGAAAGGUGUCUCCUCACAAACUAGGCCCAAACCUCCCUUUAACGCAAGUCAGGAUAGUCAGUCUCAAGGGCCUAAGAGCAAGAUACUAAAAAAGAAAAGAAAUACAUGUAUCUAACAUUUCAACGCGGUAUAAUUGAUGAUAUUGGGUAGCACCACAAAAGUUAUACUAUGUCUUUAUGAAUUAUGUUGAAUUUUUCUACGUAAACAAUAACUUGUAGGCUACUACCUACAGUAUUCAUUAUGAACACGUCAAAAGGAAAAUGUUGGAUUAAAAGAAACUCCUAAAGACAAUAA